UACAUUUCAUCCACCUUCACCAUUCACCUAAAAUCCAUAUAAAAAAACAAAAUUGUUAAAAUCUCAUAAAAAAAUAUAUUUUAAUUGUUUGAAUUUAUACCAUUUUCAUCAAAAACAAGCCAAGAUGAAUGAUCUAUUCUCAAAUUCAUUCAAGAAAUUUUCAGAUACAGAAUUCAAAGAAAAUCCCCAUGAUGUAGAAACAGGAACAGAAGGGAUGAAUUUGGAAAAAUUUUUUGAGGAUGUGGAGAAAGUUAAGGAUGAUAUGAAGGAAGUAGAGAAGAUUUAUAAGAAGCUUCAAGAAUCUAAUGAAGAAUCUAAGGUUGUUCAUAAUGCUAAGACUAUGAAGGAGCUUAGAGGACGAAUGGAUUCGGAUGUGUCACUUGUACUUAAGAAGGUUAAGGCCAUUAAAGGAAAGCUUGAAGCUUUGGAUAAGUCUAAUGUACAAGCUCGGAAUGUGCCUGGUUGUGGACCCGGGUCGUCGGCGGAUCGGACCCGUACGUCGGUUGUGAGUGGUCUUGGGAAGAAGCUCAAGGAUUUGAUGGAUAAUUUUCAAGCUUUAAGAGCUAAGAUGCAAACUGAGUAUAAAGAAACUAUGGAGAGGAGGUACUUUACCAUCACCGGAGAAAAAGCAGAUGAGAUAAUGAUUGAAAACCUAAUUGCAAGUGGAGAGAGUGAAAAUUUCCUCCAAAAGGCAAUACAAGAUCAAGGAAGAGGCCAAAUCUUAGACACAAUAUCAGAGUUACAAGAAAGACAUGAUGCGGUGAAGGAAAUAGAGAAGAAUUUGAUAGAACUGCAUCAAGUAUUUCUAGACAUGGCUGCAUUAGUAGAAGCACAAGGACAACAACUAAACAAUAUUGAAAGCCAUGUAGCUCAUGCUAGCUCCUUUGUAAGGCGUGGGACCGAACAACUUGUUGAUGCGAGGGAGCAUCAAAAGAACUCUAGGAAAUGGUAUUGCUAUGCUAUUAUAGCUUUUAUUGUGCUUAUUUUUGUUCUUUUGUUCCCUAUUUUUAUCAACAUUAUUUUGCCUCAUAUCGUUUACCGUAAGUGAGAUUAAUUAUAUAUAAUUACUAAUUGGUAUAUAUGGUUUGAUUUUCUUAAAAAGUUAUGGAAAAACAAAGUAUAAAUAUGAUAUUAGAUUUUGUACAUUAA